CUGACAGUUUGUCGAUAUAUCGAACAAAAAAAAUUCAUCGGAAUUUCUUGUUCAGCUUUUAGCUGUUUACCCUAAGAAAAUUGCAAUAAAAUUGAUCAAAUCUUAUUGAAACGACAAGUGAAGGUUGUGCAGGUUACAUUCGUAGCUGUUAAAAGAUGGCACAAACGAUAGAUGUGGCGUGCGUCAAGGAGGAGCACUGCGAGGCCAUUUGCAAUAUGUUCAAGAAUCAGGAUUGGCAAUUGACGAUGCGACACAGAGAUUUGGGCCUGGUCAAGAUCGAGCAGGACAUGAGCUUUGUGUGGCAAAGCAGCGCCAAUGCCAACAUGGAUGGCAAACAACGGCAAGCAGCAGAGAAGCAAACACUCAAAAAAUUUCAGAAUGGCAGCGAUAAGCCCUUUAAGUGCGCCCACUGUCCCAAGGAUUUUGCAACCAGCAGCAAUCUUAAGGUGCAUCUCACGCGCACACACUCCGGAGAUCGCGAGCGGCCCUUUCUCUGUCCCACCUGUCCAAAGUCCUUUGCGACCAAUGAUAAUCUGCAGAAGCACAUACGCAGGCAUUCAAGCGAAAGGACACUCAAUUGCCCACACUGCCCAAAGCUGUUUGCCACCAAAGAUAAUCUGCAGAAGCACAUACGCCGACACUCCAGCGAAAGGACACUCAUUUGCCCGCAUUGUCCAAAGGCGUUUGCCACCAACGACAAUUUGCAGAAGCACAUACGUCGCCAUUCGAGUGAACGGACACUCAACUGUCCACACUGCCCGAAGGCGUUUGCAACGAACGACAAUCUGCAGCGACAUAUACGCGGACACACGGGCGAGCGACCCUUCAAGUGUCCCUAUUGCCCGAAACCCUUUGCCCAAAAUCGAGAUCUCAAAGCGCACAUUUUGGAGCACACGGGCGAGAAGCCCUACAAGUGCCCACACUGCCCCAAGGCGUGCGUACGCAGCGAGGGCUUGAAGAAGCAUAUACUGCGGCUGCACAAAGACAUCGAACCGGAGACGACGCAGACAACAGCCAAACAUUGGCAAACGGACAAGACUUUUGCUGCGGACGCGAGUGGACGCGUUUUCAUGUACAAAUACGAUCUGACUAAGCAAACGCGCAUGCCCACAGGCGAGGCGUAAAAGCCCAAUCGAAUCUUGCCCCACAAAUCGGAGCUACAACUAUUUGAACCGAGAACUAUUGCCAGGAGCAAACGAAAAACCUCAACGCCAGCAUAGAAAAUGGGAGAAACCAGAGCGCAAACUUGGCAAAACUAAUAUAAAAACUAAACAUUAACUAUGUAGCUUUUAUAGCCAGCGAGAUCUAAGGCGAAGAACAAUUA